AUGAGAAGGCAACGAAUGUUUUCCCCUGGCUACCUUGUUUGGACAUAUAAAUCUUCCCCCGGGGCGGGGUACCCUUUACUCAGCUACCCUUAUGACGUAAAGGUACUCUCGAUUGGAUUCCUGACAUGGUACGUCCACGAAUAUCAACCGAUCCAUAUUGACGUUGCUCCCGAGGAAUGCUAUGCAGAAUGGGGAGACGAAGAUACAAUGGAGCGCCUACUUUCUACAUUAAGGGAUUUGUCAGAUCAAACAAAGCAUGGACAGACAACAUCGUGGUGUUAUGGGAUAAAAUUCCGAUGGGACUGGAUGAACAAUAUAUUCUACCGUUUUGUUCGACGAGAUUUCACGGGAUACAUGUGCAGUACGUCACCGGAAAAUCCGUCUCAGUUCAAUGAGGUGAUACAAGAAACUGAGUUCCUAUUCUUCUUGCAAAUCUGCAGCGUAAUAAUAUUUUGCUACAGCCCACUAUUGUUAUAUCUGUUCGAUGAGAAUCCUGGGGACAAAUCGAAUACUACAAGCAAGGUCACCAAGGAUGCCAAUGAUCACCAAACGGUUCGAGAGGAUGCCGAGGACGGCACUAGCGUUAGCUGCAGCUGUCGACAGAAUACUGUUGGUAUCGAUGAAAACGACUAUUUUUUCGAAAAGGGUGAACCACCGAUAAGCAUUUUUAAUCCUUUCAACUGGUGUGCUAAAAAAAUCAAAAAUACUACGAAAUCAAAGCCGAAUGAACCUCGGAAAGGCGCAACUACAGAGUUCGACGAAAAGUUAAAAACCAGUAUUAGGAAAUACUGGGAAAUCCCGGAUGACGUGGGAAAUGAUGGAGGGAGAGAUGAUCAAGAUGAAACAAACGCGUAA